UAUAGUUUGGUUCAUAUAUAACCCUAAUUGAUGCUAAUUACCAAGACGCAAAGAAAGCAAGCAAGAGAGACGAUCAUGAGAGCAAUGGACUUGUUCGGAGAGAUGGAGGAGCAGAUAACGACAAUGGCGAUGGACGUCGACGACGUCGACAAUUUCGAAGUCUUGGCCGAUGGCAUCGUCGGCAAUGAUUCCAAAGUCGCCGAUUCCGAAUUCUUCAACUCCUUCCAAGACGAUUUCGAUGAUGCUGAUAUCAACUAAUACCUUUUCUUCUUAUUGAUUAGUACGUUGUUGUUUCCUGUUUUCAUCUUCAUGACGGAUAAGAAAAGAAAAAACUGAUAUUGCUGUACUUUGUUUCUUGGAUUUUUGUGUUAAUAUGAUAUGAUGGUGAUGACUAUUUUGUGAUGAA